AGCAACCGACAAACUUUGAAAUGUUAUCACGUUUGGUGACGAAAAAAUUUGAAUUUGGGAGAUUUCGAAAUCUGGGACUGAGACUGGGUCGCGAUUGGUAAUCAAAGCACAGGAAGAAAACUCGCACACACGUCUCAACAUCAACCAAAUGCUGCGUAAUGCAUAACAAUAACGAGUGUUGGUCGAAGUAUCGAAUAAAUACGUUAUGUUAUAUAUGGAAAGCCCCUCGAUCAGAGCACGUUUGCGUUGCGGAACCGUUAAGAAUGACCUAGUUAAUUGAAAAAUGAUUACCGUAAACACAUGAAGUUAAUCGAAUUGUGUUGACCAAAUGCAAACCACAAACAACUCUAAGGCCAAUCGAGCGCAGCUCCUGGAGAUGGAAAGAUGACAGUUCGCCUGACAAUUUCAAUUUUACUAUUGCUACAGUUGCAGUUGCAAUGUAGUGCGACUGUCUUUAAAUUGACAAAUGCCGUGUGCGAGUCGUUCAACAAAUCGUGGGUGGAGUUCGAGCUGUGUCGCCUUAGAGCUGUGAGCCGCCACAAGGUUUACCUCAAUCUAAAUGUCACUCUGCAUCAGCCAAUUAAUGAUAUACACAUUAAGGGGCAGCUGAUGAAGAAAGAGAAUGGCUAUAAGCCCUGGCUCUACAGUGUAUCCUUUAAUGGUUGUCAGUUUAUUCGUCGCCGAAACAAUCCGCUCAUUAAACUCGUCUGGGAUCUCUUUAAGGAAUAUUCAACCCUCAACCACACCUGUCCCUAUGUGACUGGAGUUGUCUUUAAAAUGACGAACGCUGUUUGCGAGUCACACAACAAAUCCUGGGUGAUAAUCGAAACUUGUCGAUUGCACGCAUUGCAAAGGAAUAAAACUAUUCUGAAUCUAAUGGUCAAUAUUUUAUAUCCCACAAAUUCUAUUUCAAUGCGAAUGCAAGUCAUGAAAAAAGCCAAUGGAUAUAAGCCUUGGAUCUUUGACAUAACAUUUGAUGCUUGCAAAUUCAUGAAGAAUAAAUCGAACAAAGCCGUUAAAGUUGUAUUCGAUCUCUACAAGGACUUUUCAACUAUCAACCACUCGUGUCCUUAUGUGGGCAGAAAUGGUCUAGUGGGUUUUUAUCCAGCACCCGAAAAGCUUAAACUUCCGCUGCCAACUGGCGAUUACCUCAUUUUAAUAUCGUGGAAAUUUUAUAAUAGACUUCAAUUCGUGACAAAUGUUUACUAUACAUUUGUAGAGGAUUAUUAAAUUGCAAUAAAAUGUAAAGGCGUUUUUAUCACUAAUAAUUAAUAUGUCACCACAAUGCUAAUAAGGGAAAAUACAACUACUUA